CCACAAGACGUCCCAGGUGACGGAGAUGGUGAAAUGAGUUCCAAAAGGUGCCGCACAGAAGAAACUAAAAUCUGUGAGAAAUGCUGUGCAGAAUUCUUUGAUCUCUCUGAAUUCCUUGAGCAUAAGAAAAAUUGCACUAAAAAUCCACCUGUUCUAAUCAUGAAUGACAGUGAGGGAACAGUACCGCCUGAAAGUUUCUCUGAAGCUUCUCUCGGGAGCUUCCCAAGUGAUCGAAUGGAUAGCAGGACACGCAAGGACAUUCAGGCAAAGGGCUGCACAGGUUCUAUGGAAAAAAGAGAAGGAAAAAUGGAUGCCGAAUCGGUAGGAGGAAUGUACCUUAAAAUUGAACCCCCCGUCACACCUGCGGCUCCUGGACUAAGCUAUCUACCAAAAUCCAAAGUACCAAACACUAAUGUGACUUUGCAGUCGAUACGUGGCACUAAAGUGGCUGUGAACCAGCGGACCUCGGAUGCCAUCUCUUCUUCAGCAGCCAGUUUCAAUGCUAUCCCCAUGAUCCUAGAGCAGCUCGUGUGUUUGCAGCAACAGCAACUCCAGCAAAUCCAGCUGACGGAGCAAAUUCGCAUUCAGAUUGCCAUGAUGGCUCCCCACGCCCUGCAUCCUUCUAUAGCAGCUGCUACUGAUCCACUAAAAGCUCUGGGUGCUCACAUGUCUCAGCAGCUGUCGGCUGCUGUUGCUUUAAUUGGACAAAAAGCUGGAAGCCAGAGCCUAUCACUGGAAUCCUUGAAGCAAGGAAAACUACCUCAUUCUAACACUGGCAUCGCAGCUGCCAGCUCACUGGCCGCUGGGCUUUCCUCCUCCUUCCCCUUGAAGCCAGAGGCAAGCAGAAGCCUCCCCGGCUCCAUUUCUCGGUUCCCGAAUCCUUUGCUACCUCAGUCGUCCAACUCCGUCAUCUUCCAAAAUCCGCUUUCAGCCGUUUCUUCUGUGAUAGAUUCCUCAAAGAAGGGGAAGGGAAAACCUCCCAACAUUAGCGUGUCUGAAAGCAAACCGAAUGCAGAAGAGCCAUUCUUCAAACACAAGUGUAAAUUCUGCGGCAAGGUCUUUGGUAAUGACAGUGCCCUGCAGAUUCACCUUCGUUCCCACACUGGUGAAAGACCCUACAAGUGUAACAUCUGUGGUAACCGCUUUACAACCAAAGGAAACCUUAAAGUGCAUUUUCAGCGUCACAAAGACAAAUACCCCCACAUAAAGAUGAAUCCUUACCCGGUUCCUGAGCACCUGGACAAUGUUCCCACUAGCACUGGAAUCCCAUAUGGGAUGUCUGUGCCACUGGAUGAGUCUAAUCUAAUUGUGGAUAGCAAACCUCUCCUAACAACUCUGCCUACCUCUGCAGCCACCAGUGCCCCUCAGACCGUCUCCAGCCUAGCAGGUAUUAAGGAGUCUCUGCCUGGUACAUUCUCCAGUGACUUGCAGUCAAGGCCUUCUCCAGAAAGUGAGGGUGGCUCUUCCUCAUCAGGGGCUGUCGGUCAUGAAUCGGGAACAGAGCAGAGCUUGAGUUCACCACAAGCUGCUUGCAGUGUGAGCGUCUUCCAUGUGAGCGGGUCAAACGAGCAAGGCUCAGAAACGUCAAAGCUUCAGCAACUGGUUGAAAAUAUCGACAAAUCCACUGCUGAUCCCAAUGAGUGCCUGAUCUGUCACAGAGUGCUGAGCUGCCAGAGUUCACUCAAAAUGCAUUAUCGCACUCACACUGGGGAGAGGCCAUUCAAGUGUAAAAUCUGUGGCCGUGCCUUCUCCACUAAAGGGAACCUUAAAACUCAUUAUGGUGUUCACCGGGCCAAUACGCCUUUGAAGAUGCAACAUUCGUGUCCUAUUUGCCAGAAGAAGUUUACAAAUGCAGUUGUGUUGCAGCAGCAUAUCCGCAUGCAUAUGGGGGGACAAAUACCCAACACACCGAUGCCGGAGAACGCCUGCGACAGUACUGAUGUGGAUCCUGCUAUGGCUGAGAAGAACGGAGACAUCAAUCGCCCAGACGAGACCGUGGAAAGCAUAGAGAUGGAAGAGGACCUGGACUCUCAGGAUGCCCCUAGGAGUUCUUCAAAACCUCCUACUCCGUAUGAUGCACAAUCUGAAUCACCAGCCCCGGCAGCCACCUUCUCUGGUAUCGCAGCCCUAGAGAAUCAAAUGAAGAUAGUCAACUCCACUUUGAACUUGCAGCGGCAAAGCAGCUUGAAGUCUAGUGAUAAUGGCUCAGCGGAAAGCGAUGGCAUGACAAAUGAUUCGUCUUCUGUGGCAGGAGAUCCAGAUUAUCAGAAUGGCAGGAGUCCUGCUGCCUCUGAGUCUGCAUCGCUCCAGGCUCUGUCCCCAGCCAACAGCCAAGCUGAGAGCGUGAGAUCCAAGUCACCUAGCUUGAACAAUCAAGAGGAUACAGGCACGGGAAAUAAAUCGGAGGGUCCUGAGAACACAUCUGCGGAAAUGGAAGGGGUUGUUGGACGAAGUAGCAUUCCAGCUGCUUUUGUUAGAGCCCCACCAGCCCUCAUAAAAAUGGAGAUGCCCAGCGAGCGUCCCAUCAGCACUAGCCAUUUCAUUGGCCCACCAGCUCUCUCGGCUGGUGUCGCCCCUCUCCUUGUGCCACGACCAAAAUUCUGCCGUCCUGCCAAACAGCACAUCUGCACUACGUGUGGGAAGAACUUCUCCUCUGCCAGUGCCCUUCAGAUUCAUGAACGGACCCAUACUGGUGAAAAGCCAUUUGCCUGCACCAUCUGUGGGAGAGCCUUUACAACAAAAGGAAACCUGAAGGUCCAUGUAGGAACUCACAUGUGGAAUAACUCUGCAAGACGGGGAAGAAGGCUUUCAAUUGAUAACCCCAUGGCUCUGCUGGGGAAUGAUCCCAAGAAGGUAUCUGAAAUGUUUCCGAAGGAUAUAAUGCCUCCUUCAGUGAGCAUUGACCCCACAGUAUGGAAUCAGUACGCAGCGGUACUCAGCAAUGGCAUAGCGAUGAAGACUAACGAGAUCUCGGUGAUCCAGAGCGGUGGCUUACCUACCCUUCCAGUCACCAUUGGGGGUGGUUCAGCAAUAAAUACUGCUACAGUCUCCAAAAUAGAUGCGACCCAGUCUGGGACUGGUUCUGAUACGGGGAAGGCCAGUGGUGCUGCUGCAGACAAUGUGCCAAAACACCAGUUCCCUCACUUCAUGGAGGAGAACAAAAUUGCUGUUAGUUAAAAACUCUAGUGAAGUUGACAUACAGAAAGAACAAAUAUAUAUAUACACAAACAUAUAUUUUUAAGAGAUUCCACUUCAGCCUCCUAUUUUCCUAUUGACGUGCAAAUGAUUUUAUGGUUGUCUUUGUAAGAGUUGCCCAGAGUACAAUCAUGAUAUUGCUUUGCAAAUAGUAACUAAUAAAGAAUAGGAUUUCCUUCUAUUUGGAAAGAUGCGGGUCUUGCAAAGUAGUUCUUACGUAUGACUUUAAUGUGUACAGCCUUACAGAAGUUUCUACAACUUGAAAUUCCAAAGGUUAGAACAUUUACCUCUUUGUUUAGAGUGAAAUACUUGGAGGUUUUGAAUAGAGUGGAAACAACCUACUGUUGAUGGAAAAGCUUCUAUUUACUGAUAAGAAAUGAAAACUAUUAAUGCGGGUAAGUAUCCUAGAAUGUCUGCCACCCUCUUAGAAAUAGUUUUUGUGUUUGGAUUUUUGGCUCUGUGUGGUUUCUGAAUGUACUUUUUACUAUAAUGGCUAUAAAAACUACAAACUUUUUUUUUUUUAAUUCCUUUUUUGCCUCAGAAGUUCUAUGAAAAGAAAGUUGCUUUUUUUUCUCUAAUCACUGCUCCUAAGGAAUUAAUUCUCUGUAUUGUUGACUGCUGCUUAUUUAAUACUACUACUAGGACAGUCCUUCAAGUAUAGUGCCAAAACUCCUGCUUCCAAAGAUGUGCAGUUUUUCCUAGAUGUUUUAUUUCAAUACUGAGAGCCCCAAACAAACAUGGGUGGGUAUGUAUAUACUUUUUUUUUUUUUUUCCUCUCUUGAAAGGGAAGACUUGCCUUGGGAAGUCAGGUCUAAAAGCUCUGCAAGGAAUCUCAGGUAACUGUUGCAAUUAGGCAUGGGAACUGGUUUCCUUAGCAAGAGACGUUUUUAUUUUUUUCUUCAUUUGGGUAAUUUAGAAGAUCAGUCUGUGUAAACCUGUAUUUAAAUAUGAAGUAUUCAUGCUUAGGUUAAAUGUUUUGUGGGUUUUUGGAUGGCAUUCCUACUCCGGUCAUUAAGUUUCUUGGUGGUCUGUGAAUUUGCAUUCUACCAAAGUGGUAAUUAAUGAUCCAUGUGUAUUGUAUGAAGGUUGCUGGGAUAGUCAUCUGGAUUCUAAGUUAUCUACCUCAUUUUUCCUUUUGUAGUUGUAGUGUCUAUUUUUCUAUUAAUGACCACUGUAAUGAACUGAGAUUCGAACAGAUGCUUCCAUGCACUAUCUGAAACCAAAACCUGAUGUAUUAGUGGAAGCACCUGAAGACUUACUGGACUGACCUUUCACUAUUCCUCUCGUUUGCUGGAACUAAAUGUGUGUAAUGGGAUCUAAACCAGACUGGAAAGUGAGCAUUUGGUAUGGAAGGACUGAACGACGGAAAGAAGUCUAGUUGUUGACUGCAGGAAAUCUUCAAGUCCAGUCUUUAUUGUGGAAGGCCCCAAAAAUGCAGAUUACCAAAAGUUUGUGUAAUGUUGUUGCACCUGAUUCUUGCUUAUGAUCUCUGUAUGCCGAGUUGUGCCUUUCCUGCUGGACUUGUAAGUAAGAACAUACCAGUACCUGUUUACACUGUAAAAUGGAUAUUGUUACAUAGACCAUGCAAAAGGCAUCCCAAUUGUCAAGUUUCUGCAUUGUGAAUGUAUGACUUUUAAGAACUCUGUAGUUUUGAGUAUCUACUGCUGCGUUUCUGUUGACAUUUUGAGAAUAAAUUUUGGGAUGGCUUUUUCACA